CAUUUUCAUUUCAACAAUUUUGCAAACGGUUAUCAGAGCGAAAACUAAACUCGAAAUGGAGAACCUCAGCGACAUGUAUUAUCUCAUUCGCUUCAUAGUUGGAAGAAUUUUCGUUUAUUUACGAGAUAUUAUUCUCCACGAAUUGUCGUGGUUCCCGGACGAGAAUGGCGACAUUGACGCCUCCGAGGCGAAGGCACGAGGUCACCCCUUCUCGAGAAAAGCUGUCGCUGAUUUCGUCGCCUUUUUCACCAUCUGCGCCGUCUUCGGUAGCUUCUUCGUAUUCUCGACGAAAUGCAACAAGGAGGAACAAAGUGCUUACGAUCCACCGAGACCCGUGAGCGCGGAGAGCGAAGGCGAACCGUUGGAGCUGUUGGAGGACGACGAGUACACGAUUUGCAACACGCCCGUGGGAUCGUCGCAUCAAAAUGCCUGGGGUGACGCAACGAUGGGUGAAUUGGACGUGGAAAGACCGCUAUCACGUCAGAAAUUUGGUGGGCGCAGCAGAGUGCCAUUUUUGUCGAAGAAACGUAACGGGAAGCCCUCGAUGAUAGAGCUGCGUGGGACACACUCGCAGCAUUCCCAGAGCACACAAACGAACGAGCGAUUGCUGCAGCGUGUGACGAACAAACGGGAUUGGUUAAUAAGAAGAACUCGAAGCGGUCACAUUUAUGGAAAAUAUCCGAUGUAAUCCAAUCUCGUAAGAUUUUCGACGUGAUUCUUCAAGUGUCAGAAAUCAUCGAGGAACUUUUUUUCUCGAGCUGCUAUUCAGGCAGGUUCGUGAGUCUGCGUCGUUGAGAAACGAUCACUGAUCUCUCCAGCCGAGUUUAUACUGAAGCAAAAAUAUUGUUGCUCUCCACACACGAGAGACGUCAGUGACCCCGAGCUGCGGGGUCGCGCGACGAGCGACGAAGAAUCCUCUGAUAACCGUUCGUUUCUCCUCGUCACUGGCCCCCUCACCACCAACUUUUCAACACCAAGUUUCGAUUGUUUUCGAGCUCAAGAAUAUCCACGACCCACUUUUGCCACGUUUCAUUUCUCAUUCUAUAUUUUCUCGAUUAUUUUAUUCCACAGAAGCUUUUGAGACUCGGAUUUUGAGGAGGUUCGUUCGAGCCCCUUUUUGUAAGCUGCUUUUCAUUUUUAUACGUCCUCAUCCGUUGACUGUCGGUUUUUUAUGCGAAUUUGUAUUUU